UAGUUGGCGAUGAAAUUGAACCAGCUGUGUUUCAUUUGUGUGGGGAGACACCAAAGGACCUGAGUGAAGCCCGGGACAUGAUCAACAGCAUGAUAUUACGGGAGCAUGUGAGCAUCCCAAUCCAUGAUCCAGCCAUUGCUCAUUUCACCAAAGAGGAUGGAGAAAUGCUGAAAGCUAUGCAGAGGGAGCUCACAGUCAGUGUCCGGCUUGAGAAGAAAGGCCAAGACUCUGUCAUCACACUGGAGGGUCUGACAAGAGACGUUCACACUGCAGACAAUCGUAUUCGAAACAUGAUCAGAAAGGUGGAAAGAAAGGAAAAACGAAGAAGUGAGGCAUUUUUCAUUAGCAGUAUGGUUCAGUGGCAAUAUCAGGAAAAUGGACGGAGCAUCAAAAACUUUGAUAUGUUGACCAAUUAUGACCUGGAAGAGGCCUAUCGGAAGAGACAGCCUACAGUGAAAAUCAAAAUUAACAAUGAUGAAUAUGAGGCUGAUUUAGUUCGGAAAGAGGCCACAAAAAGAGGAAUAAGUAUUGAACUGAAUAGAGUCGAUCUGCAAGCUGCAGCUGGAGCUCAAAGCCCUUUGCCCUCACACUGGGAGGACAUGACAGGACAGCCAGUUAUUCUUAUAAAUCUCACAGCAGGCUCAAAGGAAUAUGCAGAUGUGGAGAAAGAGUUCAGGAGAACCAAUCUAACCUUUAACAUCAUUAAAAUUGAAAGAGUCCAGAACAGUGCACUUUGGAAAAGCUACAUGAUUAAAAAGGAGGAACUUGAAGUUAAAAACAAGCAUAAAAACAACGAAAAACUUCUCUUCCAUGGCACUGACACUUAUAAGACCGAUCAGAUCAACCAUCACGGCUUCAAUCGCAGCUUCGCUGGCAUGCAUGGAGCCGUGUAUGGGAAUGGUACAUAUUUUGCUGUGGACCCAAGUUACUCAGCCCAAGGCUACUCUAAACCUGAUGCCAACGGACACAAAUGCAUGUACCUUGUCAGGGUUCUUGUUGGUGACUUUACUCAAGGAAAACAAGGCCUUCCUGUUCCCCCUGCGAAGAGCUCCAGUAGUGUUGAUCUCUAUAACAGUGUGACUGAUAACAUGACCAACCCAACCAUGUUUGUGAUCUUCAAUGAUGUACAGGCUUACCCAGAAUACCUGAUCACCUUCCAGCAGGGCAGGGCUGGGGCUUAUAUUCAUCCCAGGAAAAUUUUGUUCCAUUCAGCCCAUAAUUUCAUAUGGUGAAUUUACAUUUUUGGCUCAGUUAUUCUUUAAAAAUUAUACAAUUCGUUAAAGGUUAUCACCUAAUUUAUGUAGGACACUAAG